AGUAGUAGUCUCUUUCUUUUCCUCACCAAUACCAUUCUUGCUCCUAAUUUCUCUUCUGUCAAACACCAAUUUUACUACAGAUUCAGUUAAGCAUUCACUCAAACAUAUAAUCUACAUACCAGUUUUGUCUUCUCAGUUGUUCCUCAUUCGCCGAUUGGGUCGCCGGUUUCCGGCAUGGGACUCCGGCAUAUCCGAAAACCCACCUCGUAUACAUCGAAUUUUUUUCACCGGAGCUCAAAAUUUAAGCCAACACAAUGAUGAUACUCAAAGACACACUGAAGUGGAUAACAAGCUCAGCAACAGUAUAAUAGACCUACAAAAGCUCCUAAUUUUUUUCGCUGUUAUUCUUGUGAAAUGGCUAACGUGAAUGCUAACCCACUUGACGCGUUAACUUCUGGCGAAGACGUGGCGGCGAAAGCGGUGAACAAGCGAUAUGAAGGGCUAGUUGCGGUCCGUACAAAAGCUAUCAAAGGGAAAGGAGCAUGGUACUGGGCUCAUCUCGAGCCCAUUCUGAUUCAAAACCCAGAAACAAACCUCCCUAAAGCAGUGAAACUCAAGUGCACUUUGUGUGACGCUGCGUUUUCAGCUUCAAACCCAUCUCGUACUGCUACAGAGCAUCUUAAGAGAGGCACUUGUCCCAAUUUUGGCUCUGUCUUAAGGCCCAUUUCACAAUUACCCCCUUUAGCUUCACCUUCUUCACAGAAUCAUCGCAAGCGAAGUUCACCACAAACUGGUACUUCGUCAAGUUCCCACCACCAAGUUGGAUUGGUGGACAAUUACAGAGGUGAAAUGGGCUAUUCACCAGUCCAAACAGCCCAAGAAAUUGUGGCCCACAUGGGUUUGAAUCAUCAUAAUCAUCAUCAGCAGCAGCAGCAUUUGGUGUUGUCAGGUGGGAAAGAGGAUUUGGGUGCUUUAGCUAUGUUUGAAGAUAGUGUAAAGAAGCUUAAAAGUUUGAAAGGUUCUUCCCCUGGUCCAGCUUUGAGUAAGGACCAGGUUGAUUCAGCUUUCAAUUUGUUAGCUGAUUGGUUUUACGAGUCCUGUGGGACAGUCACACUUUCAAGCAUUGAGCAUCCAAAGUUCAAAGCUUUCCUUAACCAAGUAGGCUUGCCCGCGGUUUCGAGGAAGGACUUUGUGGGAGAAAAGCUUGAUUCUAAGUUUGAAGAAGCAAGAAUGGAGUCCGAAACCAGAAUCCGCGAUGCAGCGUUUUUUCAGGUUGCUUCAGAUGGAUGGGGGAGGGAUAUUUGUAAGUAUGGGGAAGAAACUGUGAUUAAAUUUAUUGUAAAUCUUCCUAAUGGUACUAAUGUAUUUCAUAAGGCAGUGUAUAAGGGGGGUUUGGUGCCAUCUGAGUAUGCGGAGGAAGUCUUAAGUGAAACGAUUAAAGGGUUGUGUGGUAAUGUUGUUCAAAGAUGUGUAGGAAUAGUCGCGGAUAAGUAUAAAGGUAAGGCAUUGCGGAAUUUGGAGGUUCAAAAUCAUUGGAUGGUUAAUCUCUCAUGCCAACUUCAUGGAGUUAUUAGUUUGUUGAAAGACUUUAGUAGAGAGCUUCCACUUUUUAAAACUGUUACUGAUAAUUGUUUCAAGAUUGCAAAUCUUUUCAAUAGCAAGUCUCAGAUCAGAAAUCAUUUUAGGAAGUUCAGAUCAUGUGGCGUUGAGCUUGCAGGGUUGAUUAGAGUUCCUUCAGCUGACUGCAAUUUAUCUAAGAACUUUGGUCCUGUUAUCGCAAUGUUGGAGGAUAUACUAAGUUAUGCUCGAAUACUGCAGCUAGUAGUGGUGGAUGAUUCCUAUAAGGUCUCAUGCAUAGAGGAUCCUGUUGCUAGAGAAGUGGCCGAGAUGAUACAGGAUGUUGGGUUUUGGAAUGAUGUGGAGGCUGCUCAUUCACUAGUGAAACUGAUUAAGGAGAUGGCUGAUGACAUUGAGGCUGAGAGACCCUUAGUUGGUCAGUGUCUUCUUCUUUGGGAGGAGUUGAGAGCUAAAGUAAAGGACUGGUGUGCCAAAUUUAGCAUUACUGAGGGCCCUAUUGAGAAGAUAAUUGAUGCGCGGUUCAAGAGAAACUAUCAUCCUGCAUGGGCAGCUGCAUUUGUACUUGAUCCAUUAUACUUAGUGAGGGAUGCAAGUGGGAAGUACCUUCCACCAUUUAAACGUCUGACACAUGAUCAAGAGAAGGACAUAGACAAGCUUAUAACACGGCUAGUACCGAGGGAGGAAGCUCCCAUUGCACUAAUGGAGCUUAUGAAAUGGAGGUUAGAAGGGCUCGACCCACUGUAUGCUCAGGCUGUUCAAGUAAAGCAGCGAGAUCCAGUAACGGGGCGAAUGAAAAUUGCAAAUCCUCAGAGUAGUAGGCUUGUAUGGGAAACUUGCCUGAGAGUUCAAGUCGCUGGGUAAGGUUNAAAAGAGUUCAAGUCAUUGGGUAAGGUUGCGGUUAGGCUUCUCUUCCUUCAGGCGACCUCAUGCAGAUUUAAAUGUAACUGGUCCUUUAUGAGAUGGGUUUCUCUGCAAGGGAACUCGAGGGUUGGCAUGGAUAGGGCUCAAAGAAUGAUCUUCAUUGCAGCUCAUGCAAAACUUGAGAAACGGGAUUUUUCCAGUGACGAGGAGAAGGACGCGGAUAUGCUUACUACAGCAAAUGGUGAGGAUGACAUGUUCAAUGAAGUCUUUGUAGAUGCACACUCAGUUUAAUUUAUUUUCUUAAUCUCUUAACUGUUGUAGAAUAUUGAUAAGUCGGGUGUAUAAAUUCUUUAAUUUCUCUUUCCUCCAUUUGUUACUUCUAAUAGAUGGUUUUGGAGAUAUUGUGUGUAGACAAUAUGAGGAAAUUGAGCUCUGUAAUUCCUUCAAUUGCCUAUUGAUGAUAUAACAUCCUGUUACAUGUGAA